AUGUCUUUGGGUUUGUAUAGUUUUUUUUUUUUUCUCUUCUCAGGCAGCUCUCAUUCGAUCCGAUCUGGUUCUUUUCUCACUGAAAUAUUGGCUACAAUGGCGACUCGUUACUGGGUGGCAUCCCUCCCCGUCGGCCAGGGUUCAUCGUCGUCCUCUUUAUGGAGUCGUCUUCAAGAAUCCAUCUCCAAGCAAGCCUUUGACACCCCUCUUUACAGAUUCAACAUUCCAAAUCUGCGUGUUGGGACGUUGGAUUCAUUGUUGGCUUUAAGUGAUGAUCUUCUGAAGGCAAACAACUUUAUUGAAGGAGUGUCGCACAAAAUCCGAAGACAGAUUGAGGAAUUGGAGAGGGUCUCAGGGGUCGUUAGUAGCUCUCUUACCGUCGAUGGGGUUCCUGUUGACUCUUACCUCACGAGGUUUGUAUGGGAUGAGGCCAAGUAUCCAACAAUGUCACCACUGAAGGAGAUUGUGGAUGGGAUUCAUGUUCAAAUCGCCAAAAUUGAGGAUGAUCUCAAGGUUCGUAUUGCUGAAUAUAACAAUAUACGCAGCCAACUAAAUGCAAUUAACCGAAAACAAGGUGGAAGUUUAGCUGUUCGUGACCUUUCCAAUUUGGUGAAGCCAGAAGACAUCAUUAGUUCAGAACACUUAACAACCCUCCUUGCUAUUGUUCCAAAGUACACCCAAAAAGAUUGGUUAUCAAGCUACGAGACACUGACAACUUAUGUGGUCCCAAGAUCCUCCAAGAAGCUCCACGAGGACAAUGAAUAUGCUCUUUAUUCCGUAACCUUAUUUAGCCGUGAUGCUGACAAUUUCAGAACUAAGGCACGCGAAAGGAAUUUUCAAAUUCGUGAUUUUGAAUAUAACUCAGAAACACAAGAAAGUCGGAAGCAGGAGAUUGAAAAGCUGGCGGCAGACCAGGAAUCAUUGAGAAGCUCUUUGUUGCAAUGGUGCUAUGUCAGUUAUGGCGAGGUUUUUAGCUCAUGGAUGCACUUUUGUGCUGUACGUGUUUUUAGUGAAAGCAUCCUGCGCUAUGGUCUGCCCCCUUCAUUUCUGUCUGUUGUAUUGUCACCGUCAUUGAAGAGUGAAAAGAAAGUCCGUUCAAUACUGGAGGGACUCUGCAGCAGCUCAAGCAGCACAUACUGGAAAACCGAGGACGAUGGAGGCAUUGUUGGUGGCUUUGCAGGCGAUGCAGAUUCACAUCCUUAUGUCUCCUUCACCAUCAAUCUUAUUUAA